AAGGGUGUGCUCCGUGUUUCAGAAGGGCGUUCUGUUCGUGCUCACUCGCCGGGCUCUAGCCGGACUUGUGCUGCUGGCCACCGCUCUUCUUUUCGUCUCACUUCUUCAAGAGGACUCUGAUAACAACGCGGUGUGGCGACUGUCCCAUCUGGCAUCGUUCUCACCAUCAGCCACUCACCUACCGGACCUGAGCUCACCGCUGGCCUAUGACGACCUCCCGGCUCGACUAGGCAGCGGGGGUCACUGCAAGCCACGGCGCUCUAUUUUCUUCCUGAAGACGCACAAGUGCGGCAGCUCAACCGUGCAGAACAUUCUGCUGAGACAUGGCGAGCGACACGCGCUGGAUUUUGUGCUACCCGGCCAGGGAAAUUACAUCGGAUCACCGGAGCCGUUCCAGGCGCGGUGGAUCCCGCAGAGCCUCCGUCCUCGCUCCGGCUAUUACCACAUUUUUACCCACCAUACACGACUCAACGUACCCGAGACGCAGCGAGUUAUGGACCCGGACGCCGCCUGGGUGACGAUUCUACGCGACCCGGUCACUCAAUUCGAGUCGGCCUACGACUACAGCGGCUUCCAGCGCUUCUGGAACAAGACACUAGAGGAGUUCAUCGCCCUGCCUCUGAGCCAGAAACGCUCGCUGCCCCGGGCUGGAAGGCGCCUUGGACCCAACCAGAUGGCCUUUGACCUUGGCUACGACCCUGCCAUUGCCGCUGAACCCCGGUUGGUGAAGGCCAUGCUGAAAGACGUCGAGAACGCCUUCGACUUAGUCAUGAUCACCGAACUGAUGGAUGAGUCUCUGGUACUGCUGCGUCGCCUCAUGUGCUGGUCUACCGAUGACGUGGUGUCCCUACCCAAGAACGCAAGAUUUGAGUCGAGGCGCACUCAGCUGAGUGCCGAACAGCGCGCGGCACUCGAGGAGUUCCUCUCGCUGGAUGUCACUCUUUACCAGCACUUCCGACGUCGGCUAGCCGAUCAGAUAGCUGCCAUACCCCUAGAGGCGUUCAUGGCGCAGGCGGAGACACUAGUAUCGCGGCGUCUGUUUUGGCGCCACCGUUGUGUACUCGGCACGGUAAGCGGUAAGGAUUUGAAGGGUGAACAACAUGAGAUUACUGGUAUCGUGCAGGGCUAUCGACUCAGUGAUUCUAGCGAUUGGAUGUGCUCUCGACUGGGCAUGGCGGAGCUCGGCUAUACAGACUUGGUGCGAGACGCUCAGCGUCAGCGACUAGCCGUGUGGGGGCGUGUCAAUGACCUACUUCAGGUCAAUGACGUCACAGAAACGCCGGCCAAUCAGCGAUAGGAGCGCACGGUCCCGAGCGACAGUGUAACAGGUGGUGAUUGCGAAACGUUGAUACAGUCUAUUUGAGUUGUU